AUGCUUGUCCAGGUACGCUCACUCUUGAGCUCGCAAUGUUCAUGGGCCCAGAAAAACGGCAAUUACUUCAGGCCGGAGUUUGCGUGUGUGUUGCUUCGGCUGUUUGCCCAUGACUCACAGUGGACAAAUGACACCCUUGCGCGGUACGACAAAAUCGUCUAUGAAGACUGUAUCUACGACGAGGAUGAAGACGGCAGAAAGGAUGCCGAUGCUGCCAUGGACACCGAGUUCAAUGAUGACGAGCCCAUGGAGAACGGCCACGGCAACAAAUUUGAGGAGCGUGAGGAUGAGGAGGAGCCUGUGCCGAUUGUGUAUGCGGACGCACAGGAUGAAGAUGCGGGCGACACACACAACACCACCCACAGCCAAGUGAGCUAUCAAGAUUAG